AUGUCUAGUGAAAUUCACUCUUUUUUUGAUAAUAAAGACCAACAGAAGAACAAGGUUUGGAAAAAGUUCUGUAAAGACUAAUAUAAUGUAAUUCUUUAUAUAAUAAAUUUAGAAUGAUGUUAUUGAGUAUGAGACUUAAUGUUGUAGAUUAAGCAAAACAAAUAAGUAAAUAAAAAAAUUUAGCAUAUAAAUUGGUCAAGAAACUUUAUACGCCUUCAAAAACAAUGAGCCUUAAGGAAUGCUGUAACUCACUGUUACUAUCAUAUUAUUUAAACGAUAUGAUGAUUAAGAAAUUAUAAGGCUUAAGAAAAAUUGCCAUUAUGUAGAUAUUUUCAAUGAUAAUUAUGAAUAAUUGAAACAAGUCUUAAUUUCUAAGUGUAUAUUAACAACUUUCCAUAAUGAUUUUAAAGUUUUAAAGAUGAUAGGAAAAGGAAGCUUUGCCACUGUAUAUUUGGCAGAAAGAAUUUCAGAUAAUGUUCAGUACGCUGUAAAAGCUUUCAGCAAACUCUAUAUCCAGGGACAAUUCAGAGGUAGAGAGGGAUUAGAGAAUGAGAUAAGAGUAAUGAGGAGAUUGAAUUAAGAGAGUAUACUGCGUCUUCAUGAAGUACAUGAAACUCAAAACUCUAUUUAUUUUGUAUUGGAUUUAUUAGAAGGAGGAGAAUUGUUUAGUAGAUUUUAAAAUACAAUUUAUUCGCCCUAAAGAAUUCAACAAUUAAUGUACAACUUAUUAAAAGCAUUAUUUCAUAUGCAUUCUAAAAAAUGUAUGCAUAGAGAUUUGAAACCAGAGAAUUUAUUACUUAAGAGUAAAAAUAAUGAUACGGAUAUUGUAAUCGCAGAUUUUGGACUAGCUCAUAUUAUGGAUCAAUAACCAUUUUAUAAAAGAUGUGGUACUCCAGGAUUUGUGGCACCUGAGAUUUUAAAUUACAAUGGUUAGGGUCAGUUUUACAAUGAAAAAUGUGAUAUAUUUAGUGCUGGAGUGAUUUUUUAUUUUAUAGUUUCUGGUAUUCAACCUUUUAGUGGAUGUGAAUAUAAGGAAAUAUUGAAAUCAAACAAGGAGUGUCAAAUUAAUUUUGAUAUUAAAUAACUAAGCAAAGUAUUAAUAUUUUAUAAUUCUUAUAAGGGUCCUAAGUUUUUGAAGAAUUUAUUGAAGAAAAUGUUAAAAGUUGAUCCUUCUGAUAGAUAUAGUGCAGAAGAAUGUUUAAAACAUCAAUACUUUUAAGAAAUCUUCAAUUAAGAUGAUUUAAUAGAGACAGAUAUAAGAUAAGAAUUAGAAUUCAAGAAUCCAAUAUAGAGAAUGAAGUAAUAAAUAUUUUAAAUUUAAGUUCACAAGAAAGCUAAGAAGGAUCAUUGUUAUUGAUUAGUAAAUAAUAAUAAUGGAAUGGGUAAACAGAUACUAUAGGAUCAUUUUCUAAUUGUUCUAAUAAUAGUAAUAAUAAUAAGUAAGAUAAGUAAUAAAUUAAUUUCUCUAAAUUCAGUUAAUUUUGUACUCAAAUGAAAUAGGAAGGAUUUAUUUCAAAUAAUCAAUAUUCUUAGAAAAAGAAAAAUCGUCAUGAUCUUCACAAAUUUGCAUUAAAAAACAGUUAUCAAUAAAAAUAAUAAAGUAAGGAUGAUUCUUUUGUAAAUGAUGAUGAAUAAUCUAACAUAGACAAAUACUUAUUGUAAUUAAAUACUUAAAAACCUAAAAUGGGUUUUUUAAAGAAGAGCUAAUCCUUGGAUGUUGAUUGA